AUGGAUAGAGCCAUUCCAACCGGCUCGAUUUUUAUUGUCACAGGCCAGAUCAAGAAACCUGAUCGGCCAGUGACCGGCACCACCAAACACGACGUCAGUCUCAAUACGCGAGCUCCAUGUGGUAUUUUAGACGUCCUCAAGCAGUACCUUUCACAGUCUACGAAGAUGAGGUUUCUAGGCAGAAGGAGUUGGACGACGACGACGACGCCGCCGGUACAGGAAGCCACAUCACAGAUCGCGCCAGACUGA